UUGGUUCCAAUCAGCAGGAAAGAAGUGUGUUAGAAGACUCUUCUCAGUGGCUAACACUCUCUUUCAUGCUGAUUGACUUGUGCGAUGCUAGAGACAUAGAGACCCUGAUGGGGCCUUGCACCCCAAAACAUAAAGGGUCUAAGACCCCCAAGACCCCACACAACUACACUCCUCCAUACUUGAUCCUUCAUACUCUGAUUAAACUUUUUACCCAUCCAUACUUGUAGGCGUGUCCUUCUUUGUUUACUUUGCUCUUUUGCAGCAUGAAGGUGCCUCUGCCUCCCCCUUCCAUGAGCCCACAUGCACAAAGUGUGUCUGGCUUGUUUAUAAACUCCUCCUCUCAUCCCCUCGCAGCACAGAGCUGACCAUCACACACACAUCAGCAAAAAUGGGAGGGGGAAGAGAAUAGUGCUUUGUCCCACCUCAUUGUGUGUUGACUGAAGUGACAGAGAAGGGGGAGGGAAGCUCAUGGGAGCCCAACAGAAGCAGAAGGCAUGGAAGGAGGUGAAGCUAGAACCACCCACAUGAGAAACAGUGGGCUAGAGCAACCUGGCUUCCUUCUUAGCAACAGGUUUUAGCCAUGUGGUUCUACCUAGCUGUCUUGGUGGGGCUUUAUUUUCUUCGCCGAUGGUACCGGGAGAGACAGAUAGUGAAAAAUCUGACAGAGAAAUAUGUCUUCAUCACUGGCUGCGACUCUGGCUUUGGGAACCAGCUUGCCAGACAGCUGGAUGCCCAGGGCCUGAGGGUGCUGGCGGCCUGCCUCACGCAGAAGGGGGCAGAGCAGUUGCAGAAGGCCACGUCGGAGCGUUUGAAAACCACCAUUCUGGAUGUCACCAGUACAGAGAGCGUUGUAGCAGCGACCGAGUGGGUGAAAGGUUGCUUGGGGGACAAAGGACUCUGGGGCUUGGUGAACAAUGCCGGAAUAGGCACACCAACAGCUGCUAAUGAAUGGCUGACCAAAGAUGACUUUGCCAAGGUGAUAAAUGUCAACCUGCUUGGGCUGAUUGACGUAACGCUGCACAUGUUGCCCCUGGUGAGAAGAGCCAGAGGGAGGGUGGUCAACGUGGGCAGUACAAUGGGACGACUGGCAUGCUUUGGAGGUGGUUACUGCCCAGCCAAGUAUGGUGUGGAAGCCUUCUCCGACACCCUGAGGCGAGAGCUCCAUCCUUUUGGGGUCCAAGUCAGCAUUGUUGAACCUGGUGCUUUCAUUACACCCAUGGCCCAAAGUGUAAAAGAGGGCCUCAAGACUGUAUGGAGCAGAGCACCUUCUGACGUCAAAGAAUCCUAUGGACAACACUACUUUGAGCACAUGCAUUUUCCUGUCACUUCCAUUAUCGCAAAAGGUCUGAUCUUUGGAGAAGUGGGUUUGUUAUCCAAGUCCUCCAAAUCAACUUUAAUUACACAACCUGAAUAUGGAGAUUGCAAUUUACUCCAGAAUCUGAUUAAUAGUGGCAGCAACAACCUUCACCUUGUCACUGACUGUAUAGAACAUGCCCUGACAUCAUGCUAUCCUCGCACCCGCUACUCUUCAGGCUGGGAUGCAAAGCUCUUCUAUCUUCCUCUCUCUUACUUGCCAACCUUCAUUGGAGACUACGUGUUGACACGCUCCGGGGCCAAACCAGCACAUGCAGCGUAGAUUAUUUUGAAGAAACAACAUUACAGUUGUGCUAGUGAUGGAACACAGCCCUAAUUGCAUCUUUUAGUGUCCUAAUGAGAUGCAGACUUAGUAAUCAAUAGCUGUAAAGAAAAGUGGUUUCGUUGUUUUUUAAUUUUGAACUAUUGGCUGAUAACAGCUUUGACUGAUACAGCUGAAGCUGUAAUUCUGUUCUACCCAUUUAUCUGGGAAACCUCUGAGCGGACAAGCACUGUCAGUCAUGCUUUUGCUCUGCUUUACAGUUAUGUGGUCUAGAAGAGGUCAUAAGUGAUGUAACAAGACAACAUAUGUCCCUUUAUAACUACAGCUUAUCUGGGUCUAACGAGGCUUAUCUGGAAUCGGAUUUGCAAAGGUAUGAACUGAGAAAAAAUUAUUGUGUUAGAACCACACAGGACAAUACAAGAAAUACCCACUUAGACACAGAGUACCUCUAGGACCCUCAAGAUUUUGUGGGAGGGAUUCAAGUGCAUUCUAAGAAAUGCAAAUUCAUGCAGUUAAAGCAAAUUAAAGUGCUCUGUCACUCUUAUGCAACAAAUCCACUUUUAAAAAACAUAUGCUUUUUUUGUAGUUAGAAAAAUGACAGGGAAAUGCACUGAAAAGGGUGGGAUGCAUUAAUGAUUAACAGGAAGACGUAUAACCAUUACAUAAGCAAAUCAGACUGAAUGCUUCUUGUUGUAUAACCUCCCUGCUAACAAAUCAGAAUGAAUGCUUAAUAAAGACCAGAUAUUGGCUGUGAACUAGCGAUGGGCUCCAUUUCUACAAUAACCGGAUUUGUUAUUAGAUUAUUAUUUCUGAUAUUCCCUAUCUUUGCAGACAGAAUUUUGAAAUAGCAUCUCUCCGCACCUGAUUUCCAAUUCAUUCUUUUCUGAUUUUUUAAAAAUUCGCUUUGAAAUCAUUAAUAGUGUGAGUGAUACUCUUAUCACCCUACUUUCUAUGUGAGCUCUUCAAAUGUGUAAUCCCUUGCACUGAUGUAAAUGAAGUGUUGAUUGUAACUGACAGACAGAAAGCAGGAGAGGGGAAUGAGGUGUUGAUUGUAAGCAGCAGGGGGGAAGACACUGACUUGAUUAUCUGCUUAGAAUCAUAGAACAGUAGAGUUGGAAGGGGCCUAUAAGGUCAUCAAGUCUAUCCCCCUGCUCAAUGCAGGAAUCCAAAUCAAAGCAUUCCUGACAGGUGGCCGUCCAGCUGCCUCUUGAAUGCCUCCAGUGUCAGAGAGCCCACUACCUCUCUAGGUAAUUGGUUCCAUUGUCAUAUAGCUCUAACAGUUAGGAAGUUUUUCCUGAUGUUCAGUCGAAAUCUGGCUUCCUGCAACUUGAGCCCAUUAUUCCGUGUCCUGUACUCUGGGACGAUCAAGAAGAGAUCCCGGCUCUCCUCUGUGUGACAACUUUUCAUGUACUUGAAGAGUGCUUUGCUUUGCUUUGUUUAGUAUUUUUAUGUGUGUGACCUUGCUAGACAGAGAGCAUGCAAUCAACACAAGGAAAAGCCUGGAACCUGGGCGAUGUAAUCAACAACUGCCAAGGACCAGAGGUCUCUGAAGAUCGAUGGAAGGCCUGUUUAUGCAGCCUGGCAUCUUCACUAUCAGCCAGACUCUGAGUCUAUUGGCAGCUCCUUUUGCCUGUUCCAUUUGGAGGGAACUACUUGGAAUCUGGACAGUAUAAUCAACUGCCAGGGGACUGGAUGUUUAUGCCAAACGUACCUUUAAUCUCUGUAAUACUUGUAAUUUUUGUAUGCAUAUGUAUUGUAAACUGCUUUGGGAGCCCAUCUAGGCUGAAAAGCCGGAUAUAAAUAUAAUAACUAAAUAACUAAA